AUGAUUCCGUGGUCAUCCUUCGUUCAGAAGGCCCAGAGCCUGAUUGACCCAGCCAACUUCAAUAUUCCAACCCUAUCCUCGUCCGAGCACAAUGCCUCCAAGGCAUCGCUAUUUCGCCAACAAUUCCGACUCCCUGAUUCCCAGAACCCGCUCCAAGAAAUCACCGCUGAUCUCGUUCUUCCGCUCCCGAACUCGUCAGCAAAUCAAGGGGAUGGUCCGCGCAAGGUCGACAGAGCGGGAAAUACGUAUUCUGGGCGCCUACAUCUGAGUGAACGUUUCAUUUGCUUUUCGACCCAGCCGACCAGCUUCAUUCCCUCUGCCACAACGAGUGCUUCAACUACAUGGACUGGCCAGACACAUGGCACGGGGCCAUCAGGCAAUGGAUUCAUUCUGCCAUUGUCGUGUAUUCGACGCGUCGAACGUCUUCAUAGCGCCAGCCAUGUGUUCUCCUUGGCACUCACAACUUGGAACGGCCUGCUCAACAAGCAGCAAGAACCCAACCUGGCGCCUCAACGCCUCAUCCUACAACUUGUCGGUAGCAGACAGGCCUGCGAGCGAUUUUGCGACACAUUGAAAAAAGGCCUACGGGAAGCAAUGAAGGAGGUUGACAGUUUGCGGGCUGUUGUCACGGAAUGUUACUCGGAAUAUUUGCUCUCCGGGGCUAAGGGCAAGGGACAAGAUGGAAAUGAAGCGGACGUUCGUCAGCCCCCCGAUGCAGGGUUGGGCCUGAUCUUCCGCUACCCUGGUGAUGCGCGCAAGCUUCGUGAUCGCAGUAAGAUGAGACUUUGGGGCGAAUACUUCCGAGAAAACGGACGCAAUGCCACCCUAGUCCGCCAACCAACCUUCCACAAGCUGAUCAGAGUCGGGUUACCCAAUCGGUUACGAGGAGAAAUAUGGGAGCUUACGUCGGGCUCGCUGUUCCUUCGCCUACGGACUCCAAAUCUGUAUCAGCAGACAUUGGCCAAGUUUGAGGGACAAGAGUCUCUUGCGAUUGAUGAGAUCGAAAAAGAUUUGAAUCGGAGUUUGCCAGAGUAUCCUGGAUUCCAGAGCGAGGAGGGCAUCGGGCGCCUGCGACGAGUUCUCACUGCCUACAGUUGGAUUGACCCAGAGAUUGGGUAUUGCCAAGCCAUGAAUAUUGUGGUGGCCGCAUUGUUGAUAUAUAUGUCUGAGGCCCAGGCCUUUUUCCUUCUCUCCGUGCUGUGUGAUCGUCUGCUCCCUGGCUACUAUUCCACGACAAUGUACGGGACGCUACUCGAUCAGAAAGUGUUCGAAUCACUGGUCGAGAAAACAAUGCCUGUGCUCUGGGAUCAUCUGACCAAAUCCGAUGUACAACUCUCUGUGGUCUCAUUGCCAUGGUUCCUCUCCCUCUACAUUAACUCCAUGCCGCUUGUUUUCGCUUUCCGUGUCCUAGAUGUUUUCUUCUUGGAAGGACCAAAGGUUCUUUUCCAAGUCGGUCUGGCCAUUCUUAGAGUCAACGGCGAGGAACUCCUCGAGACCCAGGACGACGGGUCGUUCAUCUCUGUGCUGAAGUCAUAUUUCUCACGAUUGGAUGAAUCUGCUCAUCCGAGGUCCGAAAACCCAAAGCUACGGGCUAUCACGCGAUUCCAGGAAUUGAUGGUUGUAGCCUUCAAGGAGUUUUCUGGCAUCACUCACAGCACGAUCACCGAGACACGCGAAAAGCAUAAAGGUGCUGUGCUAGAGAAUAUUGAGACCUUCGCGAAGCGUACCUCGAUUCGCAACCUAGGGCCCGAAAGCAAACGUCUGAGCGUGGAUGAUCUUGGAACGAUCUACGACCGCUUCUAUGAAACGUUAUAUCAGUGGCAACAGCACCAGAAAGUUCUCGAGGACGAGAGGAGGCGGCAACAGAGGAAGAAAACUGAACGCCUGUCCAUGCUAGCUCCUCCUGCUGAUACACAGGUUGGUCGUGUUGGCCUCGGACCUAGCCCUACGCACAUGGAUUAUGAUGCUUUCCGGGAAUUCUUGGCCGCCACAGCGAAAUGGGCGGUAGCUGACUCUCCUGGACCGUCGAGGAAAGAAUCUUCAUCGGGCAGAUCGGCAUUGUGGGCGAACCGUCGACAGCCAGCAGACCAUGAGUUCAUGCAGCGCCUCUAUCGCAAGUGGGCCACAGACCCCGAGGAUGGAUUGAAUCUUCAGAAUGUGGUCAAUGGUCUCGCACGUCUUAAAGGAUCUCCUGAUAUCAUGAACAACAUCAACUAUUUCUUCAACUUGUACGAUGACAAUGGCAAUGGGCAGGUUGACCGGGAAGGCAUCCUCAAGAUCUCCGAGGCGCUGUUGUUCCUCUCCCGGCGUGGAUUCGAGGGCACUAUCACUGCCACUCCUUCCGUGGAAAAUCUGACUUCGUUGGGGGACCGCGAACAUGCCGAAAACUCGCUCACUACUGACGAGAAAUUCCUUGGUAGUGUCAGCGCGUUCAUCCGCCGCUGCUUCGAAUACGCCGAUCCUAGUCACCCAGAGAAUCAAAAGACAGCUCCAAAAGACGCGACGGAAGAGGCAACUGAGCAGCUAGACUCUUUUGCCAUCGGUGACGAUGAUGACGAAGAAGAAGAUCUGAUCGAUAUUGGUGACGAUACCAAAUCAAGCAAGUCUCCAGCACCAGACGCAACAUCCCAAUCAGACAUUCCUGCAACGUCCAAAUCAGAUACCAACGACCACAACCGCUCAACGUCUGAGUCUGCCAACCCUGCUCUCGACCCGAACAACCCCCUGCACAUCACCCUUCCCACUUUCCGAAUGGUAGUCCUAGCCGACGAGCUCCUAGAGCAGUUCUUCGAGUCAUACUUCCCCCAAUCCUUCCAUCUUUCCGACCACCCCCACCCAGCAGCUCUCGCCGCAUCCUCCUCCCUCUCCUCAAACCUCACAACCUUCUCCAACAUGGGCAGCCUCCGCUCCCCCAGCUUCUCCUCCGGCUCAACAGCCCCCAUCGCCGGCGCCUCCGGCGGCAUCGUGCCACCAGGCAAGGGUCUCCGCGGCGUCCUCGACAACAUCGUCACAGACGGCAUCCGCAUGGCCGCCGAAGUGAAAAAGCGCAUGGACGAAGCCCAACGCGAACUCGAGCGCAACGCCCUCAGCCGCGACGAAGAUGAAGAAGACGACGACGAAGACGAUUACCCCCGUCGCGAGAGCAGCGCCGCCGUCAUGCCCGGCGGAACUCCCAGCUGGGGUGCUGGCGCGUACGGCGCCGAUACUGAGCGUCGCAGUGUUGUCCGCGAUGCGGAUCGGGAUCUGCUCGAGGGUGCUGAGGUGCUUGAUGGUGGGAGGGACGAAAGGACUUCUCUUUUGGAUGAAAAGAAUGUUUCGGAUCAUGCGUCUAAGGUUUCUGGUGCGGGCGCUGCUGCCAAGAGUGCAUCCCCUUCGCGUGAUGCCGAGGUCAUUAGCAAGGUCGUUGAGUUUGAGUCGUGA